AUGUCGCAUGGAAAUGCGUUGAAUGAAAUAAAAUCUGUGGGUAUUGGAAUACAGUCUAGUGGUGGUUGUAGUGAUCGUAACAACAAAAAAUGUACAUCGUUGGAUCAGAUCAAUUGUAAUGCAAUAAGAUGUUUGAAAACACUCAAAACGUCAUCUGGAUGUGGAAUAACAGUAACAGGUGGAACGGAAAUUGGUCACGCUGCCGGUGCUCAGUCCCAUUACAAUGGAUACAAGAUUGAUAUUUCAUUGAAUGCUUGUGUUGAUGGAUACAUUAAAAAAAGUUUUCCAUUUAUUGGUAAUCGUGGCGAUGGUGCUGCUCAAUACAAGGCUUCAAGUGGAAAUGUAUAUGCAAAGGAAGGAAAUCAUUGGGACAUUACAUCUCUUCGGUCGUUUAUUGCGCAGUACGGGAUGUCGAAAGGACUAUGUCAUUGA